AUGGAGGCGAACCAGAGUCUGCACCCUGAAGGGCGCGACGAUCCUGCCUCAUUCCACUCUCCGCCGCCCACCCCUUCUGGCUGCGAGAUCGACCCGACGGUGAUUGAGUCUUCACAGCUCUCUCUGGGCCCCAAUGACCUCGAUGAGCUCCGUCCACUCGCAGUGACCACCGAACUCAGACUUCCUCGAACGCAGCAAACUAGGUCCACACUGUCGAGGAUAUUCAAAAUCCCGGCCACUUUGAGGACAGGUACCGCCGCUUGGCGGUUGCCUCUUUCACAACUUGCAGGACAGACACGUCUCGGCAUAUUCUGGAAUUGCAUCACCGGCCUGCUCGGCUUCACCUGGACAGUCGAAGCGCUCUACGCGCUUGGCAGCAACCAGCAUCGCAGAACAGCGGCCGAUAAUAUCGUUUGGCGCACAGGAGAUUGCAAUGAGAUUUCCCAUCUGAAUACCUUCAUCCACGCCCUAGUCAACGUUGCUGCGACUGGGCUCCUCGGGAAUUCCCUUUAUUGGAUGCAAGUCUUGUCGGCGCCGAACACAUCCCAAGUCAGAGAGUUCCACGCUCGUGGCCAGUCCUUGAAAAUUGGCGGUAGCAGUUUCAGGGCUGCUUGGCGAUUACAUUGGUGGAGAUUCGUCUUGUGGUUACUCAUCGGCGCAAGCUCUGUGCUUAUGCAUUUCGCUGUCAAUGCUGCUGUGUUUACCGCUUCGCCAUACGUCGUCUAUCCGAUGGUUGGAGUAACAUCAGACUGGCGCAGUGCAGAACAAGAUUGGGAAACAAACAACGCACACGCCGGGAUAGGCGUCCUCGGGGUGCAGAGAUCUUUAGAGUGGAAGAAUUCUACAGGAUACCCGUCUAUCUUCCAGAUCCCGCAACGCAUGCAAACAUUUGAACGUAUCGAUAAGAGCAAGUGUAUCGAUUAUUUCAUCUCGCCACUGAACACGACUCGCGAACUCGUACUGGUUCUCGACCGAACUUCAAGCAAAUCUAAUGCUUCCGGCUCAUCACUUUUGCUUGGGGACUUUCGUGUGUUCAGCACCGACAAUUUCCGGAGGGCACCGAACUGGAUCUGCUACAUCGCUAAGGCGAAGAGGGUAACCUCUCGCCAGGAAGAUUUCCCCUGUACUCGUGAGUGGGCAAACGAGUUCCAGGAUACUUGGCAGGUUCGUACACCUUAUAUGCCAUUGCGAGAUCAGGGCGUCUUCCCGAUAUUUAACGUUUCGCACUGUCUGGUUGGGGAGGUGGCUGACCAAUCUACGCGCUGCAGCUUGCUUUUCGACCACGAUCUUUUGAUCUUCAGUGUGGUGUGUAUCAUGCUUCAAUUUGGCACCGUGCUGAUCAUCGUGCUCUUCUGUCGCACAGGAGCUCUUGUUCACUGGGGCGAUUUGGUGGCUGAAUGCCUUCGAGGGAAAAUUUUACCUGCUGUAGAGCUCGAGAAGUCCGACAAGCGUUGGAGCAAGCGUUCGACGGUGAGAAAAGGGACAGCGAUUUGGCCGAACAAACGCAGCUUCUGGAUACAUGCCGUGCCGGUCGGACAUUGGAUCUUCUUCGCAACCACUCGAUACGAUGUGAUAUUGCCGCUCCGAGAUUACUUUCCGUCCCUCAAGCACACGAUAGACAAGAACAUCACGCGUGCUAGUGCCAUUGUAGCCAACUUCCCGCAAGUGGCCCUAAGCUUCAUGUACGUCGCUUCACUCAAGGUUCUCAACCGUCAGCAUAUCGCGCAUGCGUUCCUCAAGUACAUAACAAUUCCAAAGAAUUUGCGAGUAUCCGACCCGGAAAUUGAUUUAUCUACAGCCAAGGGCGAGCCGACCCUAUCGACCCAGCUCAAACGACCCCAUGUCUUGCUUUGGAAGCAGCUCAAAUGGUUGUGGUCGCAGUGCGUCACCCUUUGGAUGUGGUUGCGAAGGAAGCCUAUUGAACGAAACCCUCCAAGUACCGAAUUCCUCUUUCAACGUCAACAGCAUCUCACCCUCCCUGACAAGUACCAAUACUCGCUUGUCUUGGCCAAGGUCGCGCUACACUGGGCGUUCUCUCAGAGCAUCUUCGUGCUCGGCAUUACAACCUGGGGACCGGGCCCUGCGGGUGUGCACCUUGUCGAUUUCGACUCCGCCGCGAUCGGUUGGUCGGCCAUGGGCAUCAUGAUCUCUAUCAUUCUCGGGUGCUGCGUCUUUGUCUUUUUGCUCGCCCACGGUAUUUUCCAACGACGGAUGAUACUCAGGAUCUCGCGCUACAACGCGUGA